UAGUUGUUUCGUCUACCUCAAACCUCCCCCUUGGGGUUUUAGGGAUUUCUAUCUGUUCGUCAAUGGCUUCUACUGCUUCUUCUUCUCUUCUCUUUCCCUCUAGAAAUUUCAAAUCUGUUCCAUUUUGGAGAAGAAGUUUCGUGUCUUUUAUCCGUUUUGCUAAGAAUCCUUCUGCGGAGGAGGACAUUCUCCGUUUCGUGGCGGAAUCCGAUGGGAAGGCGCUUCCAUGUGUGCGGACUUACGAGAACAAUUCAGCUCGGCUCAGUCUCGUUGCUACAGUAGCUUUUGAUCAGGCUUUGACUGCGGCUGCUGCUGACGGUGGUGAAGCUGCCGAUGAUAAUCUUCGCGAGAAUGUCCCUGUUAUGGUGGUCGAGACUGUUUUCCCCGGAGGAUCUGACCCUAAGGCUACUGUGUCUACCAGAUUGUUCUUGCCUACUAAGAAAGUUAAAGAGCGAGCUAAAAAGCUGCGGCGGUCUCUUUCCGAGGAUCUUUCUAGUGGGGAUUUGUCCAAGAACAUACUUGCUAUGACUUUUAGGCAAGUUGUUUUGAGACAACUGUGGAACUUUCAGCUUGUGUUAUUUGGACCUGGAGCUGAAAGACAAAUGGGAGAUUUCGAAAACCCUCGAGAGCAGGUUUCUACAUCCUUCACCCUUAGCUCAUCCGAUGAACGGGCUAUAUCUGUUAUUGCAGAAGUUAUAUGCAUCUUCGCUCUUCAAAGCACUGAGAAGAGUUUCCUUGAUGAUUAUCUGGAAAAAGUUAAGUUUCCCUUUUUGAAGUGGUUCUCUAAACACAGGAGGAUUGCGUCAAGAGACAGCUCAGUUGUCCUUCAUAAGGUAUUUGAUGAUGAGCAGAAUACCAACCACUUGCUUGAGUAUUACCAGUCAAGGGAGGAGAAAUUCAAACUUGCAGACACUAGGCAAAGAAGUCGGUGGUGGAACAUGUCUGCCAAUUCGAAAUCGGAAAAAAUUGGUGGCCCUGGAUUUAGUACUUGGGCAAGUGAGUAUUUACCUGCAUAUCGACUAGAGAUUGAUACUACAAUACUUGCGGACCUAAAGCUCGAGGGUUGGAGAAAGUCCAGCGAGAAUAAGUGGGAGGUUCUUCUAACACAUUCCCAAAUGGUUGGAUUGGCUGAAGCAUUGGAUAUUUACUUUGAAGAUGUAUACUCACUGCCCCAAAAACAGCUACCGUGUGAUGUUUCUGGAAAUUAUGCAAACUUACCCAAUGAAAAGAGAGGACUGUCUUUGUUGAAAAUCCUAUCUGUCACUGUGGCCAGUGGAAUUCUUCUUCUUGCUGUUAGUGCUGCGGCUCAGUUCUGUUUUCCUCAGAAAGGCGAGAGAAAGUAUCCUGGAAAAAGCGAAGAUAUCAUAUUGUCCGAGAGUGAGUUGUUAUCUCAUCAAUCUUCAGAUUCCUCUAAGUUGGAUUCAUUCUGCGGAUUGCUCGUCAACAAGCUCAAGGAUGCUUACAGCUGGGUGGGGGAGAUAACCCUAGAAAGCAGCAUAGGUGCCUGGAUUGGGGAAGUACCUGAUUAUUUGAAAGAAACCAGCAGAGCUAAGUCUGUUGAAGAUCACAUCGUUACAAGCUCUUCUCUUCUCGAAAAACUCAAUGAAGAUGCCAAGGCAUCUGCCCAAGAUAUCGCUACUUACCAGGUAGUGUUAUCACCUGAAGGUAAAAUUAUAGGGUUCCAACCAACAAGCCGGGUUGCUGUGAACCACUGGGCUGCUAAUCCUUUAGCUAAAGAACUUUAUGGAGGAAAAAAACUGUCGCCUGGGCUGAUUGAGCCUGGUCUGAAGAGUCGCCCUCCCACAGAUGUAGUUGUGCUGGAAUUGUUAAUGUCUGUAAAUUCAGAUCGUCCUUUUGCAUUGGUUAGACCAUUAUUACCACAAUAACCAUAGCCUUAAGUUCCUGUCUCUUUAGAUGAGUUUUUACAAUAUCUGUAGUAUAUGAUUUAUUGUUUAUAACAUUUUGGCGUCUAUGGAAUACAAAUGCCUUGAGCUUAUUAUUCAGAAGAUGCUGAAGAUUUUGAGCUCUUUGGAAAAGAAAAGAAUCAACAAACCCACACUAAAGGAUAAACUAGGAGCAAGAUUGGUGAUCUCAUUGAACAAAGGUCCUGAUUUGUAUUAAGAACAAUAACGAUAACCGUUCCAACCUUCGGGUUACAUAAUUUGUCAUCUGCAUUAUAUCACAGAAGAGAGUCGAAAAUGCAUCAAAAUAUAUAAACCGGAAUGUUAGUAAAUAUGCCUUCACCUCCACAGACUGAAUCUUUA